AUUCUACAACAAAAAAGUCGUCAUAUUAAUAUUUGGCUCCUACUUGAAACCUAACGAACAUUUUGAAGCCCUGGUGGAUUGAAUAUUAUUUAAAAAUCUAAUUGUAAAGUAUUUUGUAGAUCAUCUAUCGUUAAAUCUAAUAAUUUUAUCAUCCAAGAAGUCAUCAAAUAGUACGAAUGGCUUUACGAGCUAGAAACACAAACGUGACCAGAGCACUGGACCAAGAAAAUGUCUCAAAUGCUCUUAAAGGAAAAAUAAACACUCUUGCCGGGCCUAGGCGAGCUGCCCUGGGUGACAUCACCACAAAUACCCAACCAAACACCAGAAACAGGGGUGCAGGUCUAUUGAAGAAAGAUCCCAUCAAACCAGCUCCUCUAAAGGCCAAAGAACCAUUGAAACCAUCCAUUCCAAAUCAAACUAGCAAACUACCUAGACCACAACAAAAACAAACUACUGUCAAACCUUUUCCUCCUGGACGCACCUUGGGCAUCAAGAAGAAUGAAAAAAAUGUUUUUCCUGAAAAAACAAUUCUUCCUGAGAAAAAAACUGUAGCAGAGAAGAAUGUGGGUACUGAAAAGAGUGAAAUCAUUGCUAUAAAACCAGUUGAAAAACCAGUUGCAGUUAUUCAUCCAGUACAGAUUCCUGUUUUGGGAGAUGUUUGCGAUAUUGACAAAGAAGAUGCUGGAAAACCAUUCUUAGUUUCAGAGUAUGCAAAUGAAAUCUACACUUAUCUCCGGAAUCUGGAAAUGAACUAUCCGGUUGCAGAAAAUUAUUUAUAUGGACAACAGAUUACUCCAAGAAUGAGAAGCACUCUUAUUGACUGGUUGGUUGAUGUUCAACAACAGUACCACCUGUUCCCUGAAACAUUGCAUAUAUGUGUUGCUAUCCUGGACAUGUUUCUGCAGAAAGUGACCACUGUUACAAGAGAAAAGCUGCAGUUGGUUGGAGUUUCUGCUAUGCUUGUUGCCUGCAAGUAUGAAGAGACGUAUUCGCCUGACAUAACUGAUUUUGUUUACAUCACAGACUCCAGCUUUUCAAAGGAAGAAAUCCUUGCCAUGGAAAAGUAUAUUUGUCACAAACUGGACUUUGGAUUUGGCCGGCCAAUAUCCUUGCAAUUUUUACGCCGUUACAGCAAGGCUGCAUGUGCGACUCCACUGCAACACUCAAUUGCCAAGUAUUUCUUGGAACUAGCCCUUGUAGAUUACAGAAUGGCACAUGUGAAACCGUCUCUUGUUGCUGCAGUGUCCUCCUACAUUUCACUGAGCAUUACUGACAACGGUUUGGAGGCUACAAAAGAAGUCUGGACAAAAACUCUCACUCACUAUUCUACAUACACCUACAACCAUUUGAAGCCAUUAAUUCCUGUCAUGGCAUCCAUUAUUAUCAAAGCUCCAUGUGCCAAACUUCAGGCUGUCCCAAAGAAAUAUGCGACUUCAAAGUUGCAGAAAGUCAGCUGUCUUCCAGUCCUUGUGUCGGAGGAAAUGCAGAAAUUGGCUGAAAUGCAAGAAUAAAAGACAAUUAUCUGUAUGAAACCAAAAUACUGAAGAAUUCAUAGACUUAUCUUUAAAUUAUUAUAGUAUUCGUAUUGUAUAUUUAAGAACUAUUGUGCAUUUACAGUUUGACAAGCUAUAGUAUUUAAGCUGGUGUUUUAUUAUAUUUUAUAAAUUUAGAACUUUUACAGUUAUUAUUACUAUUAUUAUACAUAUAUAACUUUCCAAAUUUCAGUCCUUUUAUGGAAGUGCAUUUAUAUAAUUUUAAUAAAUGUCAUUUUUUACAUGAGUUGUUUUUUUAUAUUGUUGACUAUUUAUACUAAAAAGUACAAUACUUUCUUUAAUCAUUUCACUCUUUAUACAAUUUCGCUACAUUCACAAUGGCCUUCAUUCACAAGCCUUCAAAGGUUUCUUUUUUCUCUUAUAUGUUGGAGUACUUUUAUCUUGUGCUUUUAUUUGUUUAUUGUAUCUGUACAUUAUUAUACAUUUUGUUUUUAUGUAAUGAAUUAGAUAGAUUUAGGAUUAAGUUGACUGUUUCUUUAAUGUGUUAUGUCUGUCAGUAAACAUUGACAUAAUAUUGUAAAUAAAUGAACAAUUGUUAGAA